AAAGAAAGAAAGAGCGCGCGUGUGAUGUGUUUGUGUAUCCUCAGUGUUUUUCUUUCUUGCGUGUUUCAUUGCGUGUAAACAUAGUCUUGUCUCUGUGUAUUUAAGUGUUAAGACGUUGAUGUUGAGAUGUGCUGUAAAUCAGUAGGAACUAAUCUGUAUAUGGAUGUAUUGAUGAUUCCAUCACAGAAAUCUCUCAGCUGAAUAAAGAGGUGGCGUUACUGGGGACAAAGCUGAGGUCAAGAGGAGAUUUAGCAAUUAAUCGAGAGGAUGUGGAUUGUUGUGAAUCUUCAGUGUAUGUGACUGAUGAUGGGAGUCUGGAUUCAGUGUGGAUGAGCAGAGAUCAGAGCCGCACACCACAGACACUGCUGGACUCUAAACUCUCUGAAGAGAAAUCCAGACACACACAAGACUCCGAUCUCAGUCUGACUUUACUCUGUUAUACUGAGUCAAAGCUCACAGACACUCAGGACACUACAGUGUGUGACAGUAAACAGAGCUUACAGGAGGAUCAAACCUCCACAGAGUCUCUGGAUUCUGUCUGUAACGCUGGAGAACAGCAGCAGAUCCUGCAGACCAAACUGAAGAUGUGUUCAGUCAAACUCAUCGACUGCACGAACCUCAUGAUGAAGAUUAAAACUGAACCCACAGAAAUCAAAACUGAACCCACAGAAAUCAAAACUGAACCCACAGAAAUCAAAACUGAACCCACAGAAAUCAAAACUGAACCCACAGAAAUCAAAACUGAACUCACAGAAAUCAAAACUGAACCCACAGAAAUCAAAACUGAACCCACAGAAGAGGAAGAUCGCACUGAUGAAGAUGAUGAUUUUAUUCCAUCAGAUGUGAAGAGUGAUUCAUGUUUGGAUAUAGAAAUAACGUCCUCAACAUCAAAAGAGCGACUGACAGCACAAACUCUUUCCUGCAUCACCUGUGAAAAGACAUUCAGCUCACAGAGACUUUUAGAGAGACAUGAGAGAAAACACACAGAACAGAAACUCUUCACCAGAUCUGAGAUCAGCUUUACUACCUUACAAGAGAAUAAACUUCAUUCAGAAGAUCACCGAGAGAAGAAGAAGAAGAAGAAGAAGAAGUUGUUUCACUGUGAGCAGUGUGGGAAGAUUUGUGCCUCUUCCACUAAUCUAAAUGUUCACAUGAGGACACACAGUGAUGAAAAGCCUUUCAACUGCACUGAAUGUGGAAAAUACUUCACAACCAAAGAAAAUCUUAAAGUUCAUCAGAGAGUUCACACUGGAGAAAAACCUUAUGAGUGUCCUCACUGUGAGAAGAGAUUUAGCUGUAAAUAUAAUCUGAAGACACAUGUGUUUUUACACACCAAUGAGAGACCGUAUCAGUGCAGUGAAUGUGACAAAACCUUUAGGGAUUCACGUUCAUUAAAAUCACACCAGAAUAUUCAUAAAGAGAAACUCUAUCGGUGUUCACACUGUGAUAAACGUUUCUGUUAUAAAUAUCAGCUGAUAAUCCAUCAGAGAGUUCACACUGGAGAGAAACCUUACGUAUGCGCUCACUGUGGAAAGAGCUUCACUAAUUCAACUCAUUUCAAAGUUCAUGAGAGAGUUCAUACUGGAGAGAAACCUCAUCACUGUAGUGUCUGUGGGAAGAGUUUUAGUCUAAAGCAGAAUUUACUAAAUCAUAAGAGAAUUCAUACAGGUGAAAAACCUUUCAAAUGCUCUCAGUGUGACAAGACUUUUGGUUAUUCAAGUAAUUUAAAAUACCAUCAGAGAGUUCAUACUGGAGAGAAACUUCAUCACUGUAGUGUCUGUGGGAAGAGUUUUAGGGUAAAUGCUACCUUAAUAAGGCACCAGAGACUUCACACAGGUGAAAAAACUUUCAAAUGCUCUCAGUGUGACAAGACGUUUGCUCAGUCAGGUUCCUUACAAGCCCAUCAGAGAGUUCAUACUGGAGAGAAACCUUAAAGCCGAAGGUUUACUAGGGAAGUCUGGAUGAUGUCAUUUUCUCAACCGCGCAUGCUUGAGAAAAUAUUGAGACAGGACACCCCACUACAAACAAUUGCACAAAGGCAAUAGACAGCAUUUGCGCACACACUAUUGUUUUUUCUUCAGAAAACAGAAAGCUGUGGAGCAUUUUCGUCACUCUAAUAUUUGAUUCCUGGUGUUUGUUUUCUUCAUGUUUCUUCUAAAGUUUGUUUGCCAUGGUGGAUCGUCUACUUUUCUUCACCUAUCCUACCUUUUUUAUGCUGUUUUCUGUUGCAUAGUACCUCACGGUUUGGUGUGGGUUGGGUCAGCUUACUUUUGGGAGCUUUUCCACUGGGUGAAGUACGUAGUACACAAUACUUUUUAGAUCACUGAUUGGUCUGAGAGAAUCGUAACUAUCAGCAUCAUUGCUAUAAUGUAAGAGAUUAGCUUUACCUUAGUGCUUGCGCUGUCUCAUGUGCCAUCUGUGCUAUGCUAUAAGUUCUCAAACUCCCUUUAGCAAUGAAAAACAUCUACAGGUUGAGAUUCAAGAACACCAUAACAGUGUUUUUCCAGACUUGCAGUUUAUGGCGGCACAUUCACGACGCGCACGUAUGCUUAAAUGCAAUUUAUGAGGCUUAGCGGAGCGUGUUAACUGACGCCACAGGUGUUUGUACAGAAACUGUCAUGUGAGACAGAGGUAGUGAUAAACGCAAUGUGCAAACAUCUUUUUUGGUGGUCAAUUUUAAUUUUGUGGCAGACUGAGAAAUAAAUGAAUGUAUGGGAAUGUACAACAAUGCUCUCACUUGUAUGAUGUCACAGCAGUAGGCAGCGCAAAUAUAACGACACGGCUAUAAUCCCUCCCCCUCUGAAGUAAUACUUACUCGAUGGAAAAGCUAACCAAGCCAAAGUGAAGUGAGCUGACCCGACCUGACUCGCAAAUCAGUGCGGCUCUGAUGGCCUGGUAGAGUAAUAAUUUGAAUGAGAAAUCAUUUGUAUUGUGUACAUGCCGAACACAGGUAGCCGUGGGGAGUAUGCUUUGAAAACUGUCCGCGAGCCGGACACGGAAGAAUAAAGUAUACCCGACCCUUAAGGCUGCUCUCUGUGGACUAAGCUUCUCUAAUCCAUUUCAAUUCAAAGAUCAUCAGAGAGUUCACACUGGAGAGAAACCAGAACACAGUAGUGUCUGUGGGAAGAGUUAAUCAACAGUAAAACUUCUCCAUUAGAGUCUGACAGCAGCAGCCUCCAAAUCAGCCCCGCCCUCGGUUCGUCCCCUCUAUCUCCAUUGGGGUCUGCCCACUUUUCUUGCAUUUUUCAAAUAUUGCCAGUGGGUGGAGUCAGGCUCUGACCUGGGGCCGGUUGCACCAGCCAGAUGUUAAAAAGUUGGGUGUAAGUCCUACUUCGGGCUUUGCUACGUCCAACAUUGUGAAACUACGACCAGACGCAGCUACGCUCAGCGUAAAUGAUGUGUGCCACCGCGUAUGAUAUUUAGAUGCCAUGGCUCUAAAAGACUAACUUUUUCACUAGGAGCACAGUGGCCCCCAUCUGCAAUUUAGGGGCACACACUGUUAAAGGAAUAGUCUACUCAUUUUCAAUAUUAAAAUGUUAUUACCUUAACUAAGAAUUGUUGAUACUUCCCAUUAUCAUCUGUGUGCGUGCACGUAAGCGCUGGAGAUGAGUAGUUAUACGAGCAAGUUUGGUGGUACAAAAUAAAACGUAGCGCUUUUCUAAGCGGAUUUAAAAGAGGAGCUACAUUUUAUGGCGUAAUAGCACUUUUGUGAGUACUUCGACUCGGCGCAGUAAUACCCUCCCUCUACUAUUGUGAGAGGGAGAAGGGGAGCGGACUUUUCAGGCGAGUCAAAGUACUCCCAAAAGUGCUUUUACGCCAUAAAAUAAAAUAUAGUUCCUCUUUUAAAUCCGCUUAGAAAAGCGCUACGUUUUUUUUGUACCACCAAACUUGCUCGUAUAACUACUCGUCUUAAAUAGAAAAAACGUUGAUGUGUUUGGUCACUUCUAACUUUAUCUCUAAAUGGCACCAUUGAAUGAAUGGGGCUAAGCUAAAUGCUAUCGAAGCAUCGCAGCGCGCUCCAGCGCUUACUUGCACGCACACAGAUGAUAGAGGGAUGUAUCAACAAUUCUUAGUUAAGGUAAUAACAUAUUUUAAUAUUGAAAAUGAGUAGACUAUUCCUUUAAUCAACAUGCUAACCAAAUAUUCACAUUUUCUACUAACUUCCACUGUAUUACUAAUAAAUACUUUAAUGAUAGAUGCAGAAAGUACAAUGUGCUGUUUCAAAUUCAGUGUAACAUCACAAAAAAUGUGCGACUGCAUGUAAAAUUCAGUGGCACACUCAAGUUUUGGUGGCAAAAUGCCACCAUUUGGUGGCAGUCUGGAGCCCUGAUGAUGCUGUUUGCGUUUACUAUGGCAAAAAUUUACACUUAGUGCCACCAGCUAAUAGACGACAUAUGAGAGCUUUCCCCAUGUUUACCAGUGCACUCUAGCUCAAGAUGCGUGCGCGUAGACUCAUCAAACACAUUAUAACAGCUCUAGUUUCAAACUUUUCAAAAAUUAAAUCAAUAAGUAAGUUAGAUUCUCAGACGUGCGCUACGGCUAGAUGGUGCAACAGGUGUAAAUUCUACGGCUAACAUAAAGCGCAUUUUAUGUCCAGAGUAGUCAUAUGGCCGGGUUUACGCCCAGCUGGUGCAACCGGCCCCAGGGGUUUAGUAACCCUUUAAUAGUAAAAUAAGAACAAAUAAUCAAAUGAUGAGCAAUAUCGCAGAUAAAUACAAACACACAAAUAAAAUAAAACUGUGCUGCUCAUGUUUUCAGAUUGAUCUAACAGUUCUGUAUUUUGGAGGUAAAGUGCCAAGCUGUUAAAGAGUGUAUGUGUCUGGGAGCAAACGUACUGUUCAUAACUAUAUACGAUAGUGUUAAUUCAUGUUGUUUCUUAUAUUUUAUUUACACAUUUUUUUUUUAUCUUUUAUAAGCUAUUUUGUUUUGUGUCAAGAUUGUUUAUUUUAUAUUUUGUUUGUUAUGUGAUUUUACAAAUUGGUUUCAAAGUUUUAUUGGACCACAAUGUCAUUAAUUGUUGGAACUGUUCAGAUUAUUCAGUAAAUUCUUUAUAUUUACAAUGAUUAUGUUUUCUGACUUCUGCUAUAGGCCUAUUCUCUGGACUGAUAUUAAAGUUUACAUAAUUAUUCA